AUGGUGUUGGACACAGGGAGCCAACUUUCAUGGAUACAAUGCCAAAAGAAGUCACCGAGAAAGCCCCCAACGACGACGUUUGAUCCUUCUCUCUCUACUACUUUCUCUAACCUCCCAUGCAAUAGCCCGCUUUGCAUGCCACGAAAUCCCGAUUUUACCCUCCCAACUUCUUGUGAGAACAAUUUAUGCCACUAUUCUUACUUCUAUGCAGAUGGGACUUUGGCUGACGGCAAUCUCGUCACAGAUAAAUUCACAUUGUCACCUUCCCAAACUACCCAUCCUCUGGUUCUUGGUUGCACCAACAGCUCCGGAGAGGCUCAGGGUAUUCUGGGAAUGAAUCUUGGGCGGCUGUCAUUUCCUUCCCAAGCUAGAAUCAAAAAAUUCUCCUACUGCGUGCCACUCCGGCAAGGCACUCCGCGGAUUACGCCGAUCGGAACAUUUUACCUCGGAAAGAAUCCGAAUUCACACACAUUUAAGUAUGUCAAACUUCUAUCUUUUCCUCAAAUUCAAAGCAUGCCGAAUUUUGAUCCUCUGGCCUACACUCUUCCCAUGACGGGGAUAAUGAUCGCCGGGAAGAAACUGAGCAUACCGGUAUCGGUAUUCCGGCCGGAUGCUGGCGGUUCAGGCCAGACGAUGAUUGACUCCGGCACCCAAUACACAUUUUUAGUGGAUGAGGCGUACUCUAAGGUAAGAGAGAAAGUUGUGAGUGUGGCAGGUCGAAGGCUCAAGCCAGGGUAUGUGCACGGAGGAUCGUUGGACAUGUGCUUUGAUGGAAACUCUAUUGAGAUCGGACGUUUGAUAGGCGACAUGAUUUUUCAAUUUGAAAAUGGUGUAGAUAUUCUGAUCAAUAAGGAGAGGGUUUUGGAUGACGUUGGAGGUGGGGUCCAUUGCAUAGGAAUCGGACGGUCAUCGUUGCUCGGUACUUCAAGUAACAUUGUUGGCAAUUUUCAUCAACAAAAUCGAUGGGUAGAAUUUGAUCUUGUUCGUCGAAAAGUGGGAUUUGGAGCAGCUAAGUGUGGAACAUCACUGUAA